AUGAGUAAAGACUUCCCUGUCAAGCCACCACACCCAUCCACUCUUGAGAAUAUUGAUUUAUCAAAGUUAGAUGCCCGGUUAGUUUUGGAUAAGGCAUCGCAAAGAUGGUUAUUCGAGGAUGGAGACCAAGAAUAUGAAUAUGACUACAUAAAGGACCAGUGGAUAAAUACUUCCAAGAGAUCAUUAUCAGAAGAUGACUUGAACAAAGAAGAUAUUAAACGACAACGGAAACAAGACAUGAGUAAAUUGAAGGAAGAAUUGAAUAGUUUGAAACAAAAGAAAAAGAAUAGCAGUAUAUUUAUAUCAAAUUUACCAAUUGAUUCUAGGUUUUCAGAAAUCGAGGAAACUUUUGCUAAAUAUGGGAAAAUAUCGGUUGGAAAAGAUGAAAAAUCUCGAAUAAAAAUGUACACCAAUGAAAAAGGUUCUUUCAAAGGAGAAGCUUUGAUCAUUUAUUCGAAUCCUGAAAGUGCCCUAUUGGCUAUUGAAAUGAUGGAUAAUACCGAAUAUAAUGGCAAUACUAUACGAGUUGAGGAGGCAAAAUUUGAUAAUAAUAAUAAUAGUAAAAAAGAAAAUCUAAAGAAAAACUCUUCUAAAACUGUGGUUAUACGAAAUAUGGUUAGAAAAGAAGAACUUGCCAAUGAUAUACACAUCAAACAAGACAUAAUUGAUGACAUCAAAGAAGAAUGCAAAAAUAUAGGUGUAUUUGAUAUCGAAGAUAUAGCAUUUAACGAGGAAGAUGCAACAAUCCUGGUAAGGUUUUCCAAACAAGAGCUGUUGUUGCUGUGUAUCAAAAAGUUUCAUAAUCGAUACUAUGACGGGUUGACAUUGGAUGUCCAAGAAUCAAAAGUCAUAAUGAGAUAA